CAUCAUGCAUUGCACUGCCAACGUAUGCAAACAGGAACAUGGCUACCGGUGUUUAGCACCAGUUUUCAGGUUUUCUGUGAUAUUUUUUGUGACGCGGUGUCCGUUGCCCUGUGUGGUUGAAGAAAAGCCUUCACGGCAUUUAUUCUCGCAGCGCCCGUAGACCCUCUAAAAAGCUUCGGUGUUCACGGAGGACCUAGCCCGGUAACAGUCUGGUUAAAAAAAAUGGCAAGUCCCAGGACACGAAGAGUGCUGAAGGAAGUGAGAACACAGGAUGAAAAUAAUCUUUGUUUUGAGUGUGGGGCUUUCAACCCUCAGUGGGUCAGUGUAACCUAUGGGAUCUGGAUUUGUCUUGAGUGCUCUGGCAAGCACAGGGGCCUGGGAGUACAUCUCAGUUUUGUGCGCUCUGUCUCCAUGGACAAAUGGAAAGAUGUUGAGCUUGAGAAGAUGAAAGCAGGAGGAAAUGGAAAAUUCCGUCUGUUUCUAGAACUUCAAGAGGAUUAUGAUCCCAGUUGGACCCUACAGGAGAAAUACAACAGCAAAGCUGCUGCACUUUUUAGGGACAAGGUUGCCACUUUAGCAGAGGGAAAAGAAUGGUCACUGGAGACAUCUCCUGCUAGAAAUUGGACAUCACCUCAACCUAAGGCCAGCCUUUCAUCUUCUCAUCGUAGCUCUGGGGGACCUGGACAGAACACUGCAAAAUCGAGCGACAAGGCCUUCGAAGACUGGUUGAGUGAUGAUGUGAACUCUUAUCAGAGUGGAAGUGGCUAUAGUGGGAAUCAAGACAAUCGGUAUGUUGGCUUUGGUAACACUGUGACCCCAGAGAAGAAAGAGGAUGACUUCCUGAACAAUGCUAUGUCUUCUAUUUAUUCAGGCUGGAGCAGUUUCACUGUUGGAGCUAGCAAGUUUGCAUCUAUUGCUAAAGAUAAUACAGCUAAACUGGCAAAUCAAGCAACCCUAAAGUUAAGGGGUUAUAAAGCACCCCCAGAGCCGGCCACAGAGUUAGGACAGACAUUAAAUGAGAAUGUUAUCAAACCUACCCAAGAAAAGGUGAAAGAUGGAAAAUUGCUAGAUGAAAUGACAGUCAGCAUCACUGGGCUGGCAAAUAAGGUUCAGGGAGCUGGUGCAAAAUUGACUAAUCUCUUCUCGGGAAAACCAGAAGACGCGUCUACUGGAGAGAGCUACCAGAACAUGGAUCCCGCUGAAGGAUAUCAGGGCAGUUCUAGCCAGCCUUUGACAAAGGACUUCUGGGAAACCUUUGGCAGCAACAGCUCCUUAAAGCCCAAGAAAUCCCCUAGUAGUGAUAGCUGGACCAUGGCAGAUAAUUCUGCAAAGAAGAGCUCUGACAGUUGGGACAAUUGGGGCUCUGAAGUAGCAUCCAACAACAAACACAGCACAGAAGAGAGCUGGGAGGCCUGGGACAACAACUGGGAGAAUGCAGAGGGUAAGGGGAAGAAGAGUCCCACAAAGCCUGCUGAGGACACCUGGGACAGUGCAAACUGGUAACUGUGCAGCUACUCACUAUUCCCUCUCUGGGUUUUCCCCUUUUUCUGUCUGUUUGUGUCACCUACACUCUGAGAAAUGGCAUGGUUCCUGACACUCGAUUCAUAAUGUAUUUGUAAUACAUCCCAGAAAGAAGGAAGGUGAAAUGCUGAGUUUACUUAGGCUCAUUAUUAAAUGGAGAAUUCUAUCAAGUUUAAAACCUUAUUGACUUGCAGUCAUAUGUUUUAUUGUAAAUUUUUGCAACCACCAGGAAUUCAAAUCAGUCUGUGUCGAUAUGGUCAUAAAUCAAUGCCUGUGCUCCUCCAGUAUGGUAUUCAUAAUGGUGAAUGUCAGUGUUCACAUAAAGGUUUUACUCUUAACAUCCUCCAGUUCGUCAUGUAAUAAAGUGCAUGAAUUAAAAAUACCUGGAAUUGUACAAAUGACUACUGUAAAUACAGUGUAACAGAUUUACUGUUAUUCAUACCCCUUUCUUUGCUUUCAACCAGUUAGUCUUAUUCUGCUGCUAGCCC